AUGCAGAACCGCGCGAUUGCCUCGCUAUGCGUUGCCGCAACUUUGGCGGAAGGAGCUGCCAGCAACGCGACCAAUGAGUGCUGGACCCGCAUGUCCGCCAGGCUGAGUCCAAUCGUUUCGUCGAGUGAGCACUCGAGCAGCUUCAACCAACUCGUCAACGCGUCGUCGCCCUUCUUCCCCACGGGCACGUUUUCCACGCGCGAUGCGUUGAACAACUCGAAAGUGUGCCAACAAUGGUACAUCGGUGUCGAGGACGCCAUCAAGAAGGUCGACCCGCCGUGCACUAUCGCUGUCGCGAACGGGACACAAAUCGUCACAGCCAAGUGGAACGCAUCGCUCUCUGAGUUCAUGGAAGCAUCCGAGAUGUGGGUCGCAGAUGUCUCUGAGGCAAGUGAGAUUCCUACCAAAGCGCCGUCCACCACGGCUACCAAGCCUGUGACUAUCUCCGUGACCACGAUGCCAAUACCCCUACACCGACAUCCGUGGUUAACGGGGUAA